AUGGGAUAUUCUAACCAAAUAGAAAAGCAUGACAUCGUUGUGAUUGGAGGUGGUCCGGGAGGAUACGUCGCCGCCAUCAAGGCAGCUCAAUUAGGUUUUGAUACUGCCUGUGUUGAGAAGAGGGGAAGACUGGGAGGAACUUGUUUGAACGUUGGUUGCAUUCCUUCCAAAGCUCUUUUAAACAACUCUCAUCUGUACCAUCAGAUUCAGCACGAGUCUAAGGCAAGAGGAAUUGAUCUCAACGGAGACGUUAGUAUUAAUCUGCCUAACUUCAUGGACGCCAAAGACAAAGUCGUUGCUCAAUUGACCGGUGGUAUUGAGAUGUUGUUCAAGAAGUAUGGUGUCAAAUACUAUAAGGGUGCUGCUUCAUUUGUUGACGAGCACAGUCUCAAUGUUGACCCUAUUGAGGGCGGGGAGGAGGCUGUUCUCAAGGCUGACAAUAUCAUCAUUGCUACUGGUUCCGAAGUCACGCCAUUCCCAGGGAUUGAAAUUGAUGAAGAGAGAAUUGUCUCUUCGACAGGUGCCCUUUCGCUUUCCGAGGUUCCUAAGAAACUUGUCAUUAUUGGAGGUGGAAUCAUUGGACUUGAAAUGGGAUCUGUUUGGUCCAGACUUGGAUCUGAAGUGACCAUUCUGGAAUUUCAAAAUUCGGUUGGUGCUGGUAUGGAUGCCGAGGUCUCUAAGGCAACCCAGAAAUUCCUUACAAAGCAAGGUUUGAAGUUCAAGCUUGGCGCCAAAGUCACCAAGGGUGUCAGAGAUGGAGAAAUCGUGAAAAUUGAAUACGAAGACACAAAAAGUGGCAAAACUGAAGCUUUAGAAGCAGAUGUCCUUUUGGUUGCCGUUGGAAGAAGACCAUAUCUAGCUGGUUUGAAUGCAGACGCAAUUGGGUUGGAUAUUGAUAAGAGAGGUAAGGUCGUUAUUGAUUCCGAGUUCAAGACAAAAUUCGACCAUAUCAGAUGUAUCGGUGACGUUACCUUUGGUCCUAUGUUGGCUCAUAAGGCUGAAGAAGAAGGUAUUGCUGCUGUUGAGUAUAUCAAGAACGGUCAUGGGCAUGUUAACUAUGCGAACAUCCCAGCUGUGAUGUAUUCUCACCCAGAGGUUGCUUGGGUCGGACAAACAGAGCAGCAACUAAAAGAUGCAGGAAUCAGUUUCAAAGUUGGAAAAUUUCCAUUCAUUGCGAACUCAAGAGCAAAAACCAACAUGGACACAGAAGGUUUCGUGAAGUUCCUUGCAGACAGCGAAACCCAGAGAGUCUUGGGAGUUCAUAUCAUUGGGCCUAAUGCCGGUGAAAUGAUCGCAGAAGCUGGUUUGGCUCUUGAAUACGGUGCUUCCACCGAAGACAUUGCUAGAGUCUGUCAUGCUCACCCAACUUUGUCGGAAGCCUUUAAAGAGGCAGCUCUAUCUACUUUCGGUAAGCCAGUCAACUUUUAG